GGGGUCGGGGCCGGGGUUGGGACCGGGGUCGAUAUCUGAAUCCGGAUCCGUGCGGCCGCCAUGAAGCGGGACGUGCGCAUCUUGCUCCUGGGCGAGGCCCAGGUGGGAAAGACGUCGCUGAUCCUGUCGCUCGUGGGCGAGGAGUUCCCCGCGGAGGUCCCUCCCCGGGCAGAAGAGAUCACCAUUCCCGCAGACGUCACCCCGGAGAAGGUGCCCACCCACAUCGUGGAUUACUCAGAAGCCGAGCAGACGGCGGAGGAGCUUCAGGAGGAGAUUUACAAGGCGAAUGUGGUGUGCGUGGUGUACGACGUGUCUGAGGAGGCGACCAUUGAGAAGAUCCGAACCAAAUGGAUCCCACUGGUGAAUGGGGGGACCGAGAGGGGCUCCAGGGUCCCCAUCAUCCUGGUGGGCAACAAGUCAGACCUGCGGCCGGGCAGCUCCAUGGAGGCUGUGCUGCCCAUCAUGAGCCAGUUCCCUGAGAUCGAGACCUGCGUGGAGUGCUCUGCCAAGAACCUGCGGAACAUCUCGGAGCUGUUCUACUACGCGCAGAAGGCUGUGCUGCACCCCACGGCCCCACUCUAUGACCCCGAGGCCAAGCAGCUGAGGCCCGCGUGUGUCCAGGCCCUCACGCGCAUCUUCAGGCUCUCAGACCAGGACCUAGAUCAGGCGCUCAGUGAUGAGGAACUCAACGAAUUCCAGAGAUCCUGCUUCGGGCACCCCCUGGCCCCUCAGGCCCUGGAGGACGUGAAGAUGGUGGUGUGCAAGAAUGUGGUGGGAGGUGUGCAGGAUGACCGGCUGACCCUGGACGGAUUCCUGUUUUUGAACACGCUCUUCAUCCAGCGAGGCCGCCACGAGACCACGUGGGCCAUCUUGCGACGCUUCGGCUACAGCGACACGCUGGAGCUGAGCCCGGACUACCUCGUUCCGCCGCUGCACGUGCCCCCUGGCUGCAGCACCGAGCUCAACCACCUCGGCUACCAGUUCGUGCAGAGGGUGUUCGAGAAGCAUGAUCAGGACCACGAUGGCAGCCUCUCACCCGUGGAGCUAGACAGCUUCUUCAGCGUGUUUCCAGCCACGCCCUGGGGUGCCCAGCUGCCCCGUGAGGUCCCCACCGAGGCUGGCCGGCUGCCCCUACACGGGUACCUCUGCCAGUGGACCCUGGUGACUUACCUGGAUGUCCGGCGCUGUCUUGAGCACCUCGGAUACUUGGGUUACCCCACGCUCUGCGAGCAGGACUCCCAGGCCCACGCCAUCACAGUCACUCGUGAGAAGAGGUUGGACCAGGAGAAGGGGCAGACGCAGAGGAACGUGUUCCUGUGCAAGGUGGUGGGAGCCCGCGGGGCGGGCAAGUCCGCCUUCCUGCAGGCCUUCCUCGGCCGCUGCCUGGGGGACCGCCGGGAGUUCCCUGAGGAGCCUGCCGCCUACGCCAUCAACACGGUGCAGGUCAACGGGCAGGAGAAGUACCUGAUCCUGUGCGAGGUGAGCGCAGACAGCCUGCUGGCCGCCGCGCCUGACGCCGCCUGUGACGUGGCCUGCUUGAUAUUCGAUGGCAGCGACCCCGGGUCCUUUGCAUUCUGUGCCAGUGUCUACAAGCGCCACUACAUGGACGGGCAGACGCCCUGCCUCUUCGUGUCCUCCAAGGCUGACCUGCCUGAGGGUGUCUUGCCACCUGGCCUGUCGCCUGCAGACUUCUGCCGCAGACACCGGCUGCCCGCCCCGACCCCGUUCUCCUGUGCCCGCCCGGCCCAGCUUGGUGCUGCCGUCUUUACCCGGCUCGCCGCCAUGGCCGCGUUCCCGUGGGCACCUGGCCCACGGGGAGCUGCACUCUACCUCCUUCUGGCUUCGGGUGACACUGGGGGUCAUCGGGGCUGCCGUCACCGCUAUCCUCAGCUUCUCACUCUACAGGGCCCUGGUGAAGAGCCGAUGAGGCGGCGGGGCCUCCGGGUGCGGGUGCUGGGGCCACCUGUUUGAGGGAGCCUAACUUCUGUCUGAACCUGGUUUCUGGGGACACUUUGCCCACUACCCUGCCCCCACCCCUGCCCAAGACCCAUGGGUGGGCCCCCAGGUCCUGGGGCCAGUGGCCCCAGACUCCAGCAUUUCUCAGGAUUCCACACCUUUCUGGUCCCAGGCAGCCAGUGGGCGUGAAGGGCGACCGAAGACAGAACUUUGGGCCACAGGUGGAGCGGGGGCGGGAAGUGGUGUGGCACCGUGUGGCCUUCCUCCUCCCUAGUCUGAGGACGGGGCCGGUGCCACACCCCUCACAGAAGGCAUCAGCUUGGGUUUCCUGAUUAAACUUCACUGGUGUCUUUUGCAUCUCGAAA